AUGAUUGCGCAAAGGGUGGGAGUGUCGGCCGCGCGCCGAGCUGUGGCCGCGCCCAGCACUUUCUUCACGACCCAGGUCCCUAGGCUGGCUCUCUCUACCUCCCAGAUCCGCCCCGUUGGCACCGCGAAGCUCACGCCCGCCGAGGGCCAGUCCAUCCUCGCCGCCCAGCGCCUCCAGCGCCCGACCUCCCCUCACCUGACUGCCUACCGCAUCGACCAGACCUGGUUCGGCGCCUCCAUCUGGACCCGUUUCACCGGCGGCGGCCUCUCCGCCGCCCUCUACGUCUACCUUGGCGCCUACGUCGCCGCGCCUCUGCUCGGCUGGCACAUCGAGUCCGCCACCGUCGCCGCCGCCUUCGGUGCCCUGCCUCUGGCCGUCAAGGGUGGCAUCAAGUUCCUCGUCGCCUGGCCCUUCAUGUUCCACUGCAUCAACGGCGUCAGGCAUCUGACCUACGACCUCGGCCUCGGCUUCGCGAAGAAGCAGAUCGCCCAGUACGGAUGGAUUGUUUGGGGCUCCAGUCUCGUCGCUGGACUGUACACUGCUUUCCUGCUGUAA